AUGGAAGAAUGCAGUAAAACUAAAUCAGAGAACUCUUCUUCUCAAUUCAAUGCCGUUGAGGAAGAAAUAGAAGAUGCAAGAAAUGUAGAAGAGGAAUUGGAGCUUAAGCCUGGAAUGAAUUUUGAUUCAUUUGAUAGACUUUUCCAAUACUAUAGAAGCUAUGGGAAUAAAAUGGGUUUUGAAGCUAUUAUAAGAUCUUCAAACAAAGGAGAUGAUGGAAAGUUGAAAUACGUAACACUUUCUUGUGCUUGUAGUGGGAAGUCGACAUGUAUCUCUAGAAAUGCCUUUAAAAUGCAUCCGGUGACGAAAACUGAUUGUAAGGCCCGGAUUGGUGCAGCUUUACGUUCUGAUGGAAGUUGGCAAAUAUGUUCAGUUGUCCUUGAUCAUAACCAUGAACUCAGCAGUCCUAGCAAAACUAGAUUUUUCAAGGCCAAUCGAAUAAUAAAACCAUACGUCAAAAGGAAACUCGAAGUAAACGAUAGGGCUGGAAUCAGACCCAAUAAAAAUUUCAAUUCCUUUGUAGUAGAAGCUGGUGGUCCUGAGAAUUUUCCUUUUCUACAGAAAGAUUGUAGAAACUACAUUGAAAAAGUUAGGAGGCUACGACUUGGUGUUGGAGAUGCUUCUGCAAUUCAAAAAUAUUUUUUGAAAAUGCAAAAUGAAAAUUCAAAUUUCUUCUACAUAAUGGAUUUAGAUGAAGAGGGUCGAUUAAAGAAUGUUCUAUGGGUGGAUGCAAGAAGUGGGGCUGCAUUUAAAGAAUUCGGUGACGUUGUGACAUUCGACACUACAUAUUUGACCAAUAAGUAUGAUAUGCCGUUUGCAGCUUUUGUUGGUGUUGAUCAUCAGGGACAUUCAACAUUGUUUGGUUGUGGGUUAAUCUCUAACGAGGACACAAAGACAUUUGUAUGGCUUUUUCAAUCUUGGCUUGCAAGUAUGAUGAAUUGUGCUCCAAAGGCAAUAAUCAUUGAUCAAGAUAAGGCAAUGCAAAAUGCGAUUGAGAUUGUGUUCCUGGGUACACGACAUAGAUAA